AUGAAGCUUACAACACAACAUCUGACCAUAAUAUACCUAAUAGUGGUCACAAACAGCUGUAAAAUAAUUACAGCUGCAAGUGUUAAUACUACAGAUUUAGUCAGUUAUACGGGAAAUACUAAUAUUACAGAUUUAGUCAAUUUUAUAAACAAGGAGAAGAAAAUUGAGGUAAAUGUUUUGGUUAAUUUUGACGAAAACUACGAUACUAGUGACUAUUUUUUGGAAGUGGUAAAAGCAAUAGAAACACCGAAAUUGAUUGUAAGUAAGCAGACAUACCGCAAAAAUAGUAAGCCUUUAUUUGAGAGAUUUAAUAGUAACAGCCUGACUAUAGCCUGGCUAACGACAAACCAGCUAAAUGUUACUUUAGAAAUAUUGGAUCAUAUACUGUGGAGAAUACAUUUUAAGGAUAUACUGCUCGUUCAUCAAUUGGAACCAGGAGAGAAGUCGUAUUUAAACAAUACUCAGUUAUUGGAAAUAUUCCAAAAAUGUUGGACAAAAGGUUUUAUUUCGGUGUUAUUAUGGUCCCGUCACCGGCUAUACACUUAUCAUCCAUAUCCCAGCAUUAAAGUGGUGCAUGUCAAAAAUGCAGACGAGUUUCUGGAUAAAACACAUUUAAAUAAUUUCCAGCUAUAUAGCUGGCGUAUGCCAUUUUUCGACUUUCCCAAUUUAUGCUACUCCUAUACAAAUCGCAAAGGACAACUUGUACGCACUGGCUACUUUUACAAAUGGGUACAGCUCUACUUGGAAUAUUACAAUGCUACCAUUGAUCAUUAUUUCAUCGAUAUGUGGGCUCAAAAUUAUACUCAACUGGAAGCUAUUGAAACUCUCAAUGAAAUGGGUUACAGCCUCUUGCCGAUAUUUCUUUCGAGAAAUGCUAAAUAUUAUGAAAAGAGCGAUGUGCUGCAUUUGACCAAAGUUUUACUGAUGGUACCCAAAGCCAACGAGAUUUCAGCAAGUUUAUAUCUGGCUUUGCCCUACAAUGGUUUCAUAUGGUUCAUCAUUAUUGUCAGCUGUGUCCUGUUUUUCAUUAUAAUCUAUUUAAUACAGCGUACAAAUAAUCGGAAUAUUGUUAAGGAUUUAAGUAGAAUGGCUUUGCAGGCAUUCAGCAUAAUCAUAUUCCUUUCAAUUGAUUUAGGCGGCAAAAAAUCUCUGAAACAUUAUUACUUGCAUCUACUGUUUUUAUUUACCGGAAUCUUUCUGACCAACUACUACACUUCUAAUUUAUCCAGUCUGUAUGCGGCCAAGGUAUACGAACCAGAAAUUAGAUACCUCAGCGAUAUCGGUCGUACGAAUUUGAAAAUAUUGGAGCACUCUGUUGAUGUAGAAUUUAUGCUUAACCUGAACUUACCUAAGCAAUUUAAUGGACGUUUUAUUACGGGUAGCAACACUGAACUACCCAAAUAUCGUCUAGCUCUCAACAUAUCCUACAUGUAUACGACCCACGAAGAGUUUGUGGAUUUUCUUUUAUUCCAGCAACAAUAUCUCAAGCAUCCAAUUGCCCGGAAAAUGGAACAGGAAAUGUAUUAUCGUGCUCAUUAUGUUACAGUGCCACAUCGAUCGCCUUUGAUCGAUCAUUUCAAUAGGUAUUUGUCACGCAUUAGAGAUAACGGCAUGUUGGAGAAGUUUGUCAGAGAUACGAAAUGGGAUGGCGUUAUGAGUGGUUAUUUAAAAUUAAUGCGUGAUCCUGAGGAAAGAAAAGCUCUAACAUUGGAAUAUUUUCGCUAUGCUUUUGUUCUUUGGAUUUUUGGCUUAUUUAGCGCUAUGGUGGCAUUUUUGUUUGAGCUGAGAAUUUGUGCUUUUAAACGAAAGAGGGAUAACUGA